AUGAUACUGUGCAAUCCCCCCAAAGUCAAAACCAGCCUAAUCCCGGAAAGCAAUCGCCCCUGUGUCCUCUGUCUCGUGCACGUAAUUAUUGCAACCGUCGAUCCGAGCUGGCCAAGCACUGUCCCGAACGGAUCGACGGGGCGCUUCACGAUUGGUAGUGAGCAGAAGCAUGUCCCACAUGUCGCGUUGCACUUCCGCGGCUUUUUCUUCCCUUUCGGCUCUUUCACACGCAUACACUCGGUGUACCCCGACAUUAGCCAAAACCCAUACUUGGGGUGCUCCCAGAAUUGUAUGAAGAGCGCAGAGAAUGGUCCGUCUAUGCAGAACAAAUUUGUCCCGAACCGGAGCAUAGGCAAGCCGCUUCAAAAUUGCAUGACACGGAACAAGGACAGUCUGGCCAGGCAAGCUAGCGGAGCGUGUCCUAGAAAGGCAUGGGUUCCAGGCACUACUGUAUCGUCUCCGACCAUAGACUCGGAAAGAUUUGGGAUAGUGAAACCGGGCCAAACCGAAAUUGGCUCAUCUGCAGGCGACGGUCGAGAAGCAAGUCAUUUUAGAAUUGCAUAUGGAGAAUCCCAACCCCUCCCUACUCCGAAUGGAUUUAACAAUGCCGAGGCAUGUUACACCGACCGUCAGGGUCUCGACGAUCCGGUAUUCCCUGCAGGACUCGUGCUGAGGAGGCUGAGAGACUAUCAUGAUGUACAGCAAAGUGGUCGAUGCGACAGCCGCAUGUAUCACCCUUUUCAAGAGGCAUUGGACCGAAGUAUGUAG